UACGAGUUUCGGCGUCGGUUUCCGCCAUUUUAGUUGCAGUUUUCGUACACUAUUCUCGUGCCGCCGUUCGCGUUUAGCCCGUCCGUCGAUUCCGUUCGUUUUGUGCGUUCUGUGCUAACAAAUUCGUUCAAAAAACUCAAUCGCAGUUAUACACAUUCUGCACAUCGAUAUCACCGCAGUCCUACAACGACUUAACCCAAAAUGUCUUACAACCGUCGAAGUGGUGGUGGUGGUGGUUAUGGUGCUGGAAAUAGUGGCAACUAUGGAAAUUCUUAUGGUCAAAGCGCUAAUAAUUAUGGUGGCUCUGGCCAUUAUGGAAGUGGAGGAGUUGGUGGUGGUGGCGGCGGCAGCAGCAGCAACAGUGGAAAUUUCAAUGGAGGUGGCAACAGCCGUUUCAAUAAUUUCAAUAGUUAUGGUAGAAACCCAAAAAUGAGUCCUUGGGAGUCUGGUGUAUCCCCAGGAGGUGGGAUGAUGCCUAAUGUUCAUCCCAAUCAAAUGGCUCUUGCUAAUGAUUUAUUAUCUAAGCUUUUAGCACCUAAUCAGGGCGGAUACGGAAGUAGCCAAAAUUGGGGUCCAAACCCUGGAAUGGUGAGAAGACAAGAAUCAUUUAAGAACCAAAACCGGCGCAGGCCUGAUAAUCGCAAUCGUAGACCUCCUCCAAAAAAGGACGAUAAGAAAAAGGAUUCUAAACCUGAAGCGGAUAAAAAUGAUAAGAGUAAUGAAACAAAUGGUGUCAAAAAAGAAACAACGGACCAAGAACAUGUGGAUUAUGAUGGUAUUCCGACAGCUGUAUUAUUUUGCCACGUUUGUCAAAAACACAUGUGGGAUGGAGCUUCUUUUGAGAAACAUGUCCGCGGUCGUCCUCAUGAAUUGAUGAUGACAUACUUGGAUGAAGGGUACAAAAUGCAAGUGGAGUUAAUGCGCCACCAGAUUAAAGCAGCUGAAAAUCAGAGGGAAAUUGACUUGGAGCGUAUGCAAGCUCAAAAUAAAGGGAAAGCAAAACCAUUGUUCCGGAACUACUGUCCUAUGUGCAAUAUUAAUUUCUAUGGCCCUUUGACUGGACAUCGUAAGAGUGAUCGUCAUCGUAAAUUGAAACAAUUUCUUCAUCCGGAAUGUAAAAUGUGUGAUACAUUAUUCCAUACUCGUUUGGAAUGGGAUGAUCACAAAUUAUCUUCAGAUCAUUUACGCAAAGUUGGUGAACAGCGCCGUCAGUUUAAUCCAGAUCUUAAAGAUGAUGAAUUUGAAUUGCUUGAUGUGAUUGUGAUUGAAGAUGAUGAACAAUCAGAAGAAAUUCCUGUAGCAUCAAAAUUAGAUAUGCUCGAUGAUCAAGAUAUGAAAGAUGAAGAAGAAGAAGAUCAAGAUCAAGACGUUGCAAAGGAAUCUGAGGAAAAUAAAGAUAAUGAAGUAAUAGAUACUACUGAACAGGAAAAAGAAGAUAAUGACAAUUCCAAAGAAGCGGAUGAUGUUUCCAAGGGAGAGGACGAAAUUUCCAAAGAAGACAAUGAUGUUUCAAUAAUAGACGAUGAUACUUCAAAAGCAGAAAAUAAUAACUCCAAAGAAGAAAAUAACAUUGAUAAGGAACUAAAUGAUACUGCUAAAGAUGAUACAACGGUGAUUAAAAAAGAAAAAGAGGAAAAAUAUAAUCCUGCUAAUGUUGUUGGCCGCGAACUAGUAGUUAAAACUGGAGGAUAUGUAUGCCGCAUUUGUUCGAUGUUUAUGAAGAAUGAUGAAGAAGCAGAUUUACAUUGUCAAACUGCUUCACAUUAUAUCAACUUCACCACUAUCACAAAAUUACAUGCUAAAAUCAACAAUCGAAAACGUAAAAUGAAAGAAGAGAAGAAAGAAGAUGAUGAUAAAGAGGAGGUAAACACAGAAGAAAAUGAAAUUGAACAACCUGAGAAAAAAGCACGUUUGGAUGAAACUGAAAGCGGCGAACCCGUAGUUGAGCAGAAUGGCAUAAGUGAACCUCAGUCUGAACCUAUGGAUGACGAUGUCCAACAGAUAAAAUCUGAUGUACCUGCUGUUGAAAUUCCUGAUGAAGAGUUGAAAGCAAUUAACUCUGAAGAUUCAGUAGUUGCGGACACUGUUACAACUAGUGAAGUUGUUGUUGAACCAGAAUCUGAACCAGUUAAAGAAACUCCAGCUCCAGCUGUCAAAACUACUCCACCACGUGGUGGUCGUGGUGGCCGUGGUCGAGGAGUAGCAAGAAGAGGUCGGUCAAGUCGCUAA